CUCCAGUCAGCCUGUUCAUUGAACUGAGUCAGCGGCCAUGCGCAAACGGAUCCAAAGGAGGGCUGUGCUGUGUAGGCUGGUGUCUACAUAAGAUCCCUGCCUGCGGGACUACACACACAACGCCGACUGGAAAUCACAGACAGUAGCUGGAAGCCUCGACUUCUGUUUGAUUUUUUUUUUUUAACCAGACGCACUGAUUUUUCUGAGGAAAACACAAAUCAAGAUUGUCUGACGGGUACCUUGGGAUCUCUCCAACCCCUCCUCCUCCUCGUAUUCCUGACCAGCUUUGGACUACGGAUGCAGAGAGCAGCAGCAGCAGCAGCAGCAACGAUGCGGCGGCUCUGCUGUUAACUCGUUGGACUCCUAUAUUUUUGCUCUUAUUUUGCCGGUUUUAACCUUAAAGGGCAGAAUACACCCAGAAUGAAGCUCAAACCAAACCAGACCAGGACAUACGAUGGCGAUGGCUUCAAGAAACGAGCAGCAUGCCUGUGCUUCAAGAAUGAGCGUGAAGAAGAGGUUCUGCUGGUGAGCAGCAGUCGGCAUCCAGACCAAUGGAUUGUCCCUGGAGGUGGGAUGGAGCCAGAAGAGGAGCCAUGCGGGGCAGCAGUGCGAGAGGUGUUUGAGGAGGCUGGUGUAAAGGGCAAGCUCGGACGUCUACUCGGUGUAUUUGAGCAAAACCAGGACCGGAAGCACCGAACGUACGUGUACGUGUUGACCGUCACAGAAACACUAGAGGACUGGGAAGACUCAGUCAACAUAGGCCGCAAGCGGGAGUGGUUCACCGUGGAUGAGGCCAUCAAAGUGCUGCAGAGCCACAAACCAGUCCACGCAGAAUACCUCCGGAGACUCCAGCUCAGCUGCUCCCCGACCAACGGAAACUCCAUCCUCCCAAGUCCCCCACCCAAUGAUAACUACCCCCACUACAGCGCUACGGCCACCACCGCCACAACGGGCAGCGUGUUGGGCACCUCCUGCAGAUAGGACUGCACUUAAAAACUUUAACCCUGUCCGGUCUGGACAGCUCACUCAAAGUCUGUACAGUCAUGCAUGAAUCUAAUGACUUUUCAGAGUAACGGCUCCCCUGUAUCUAUAAUUUCUGCUGCAGGACAGACCAAAGCCGUCGCCAGGACUGUUAAAGACUCGUCAUAGAGCUGAAGAAAUCUCUGACAGGAAAACUGUGGAUAUAAAUAUCUCGAGAACACUUUUUCUUUUACUGGCAAAUACCAGACUGACAGGCUGAAGCUUGAGGAGACAAAGCUGCAGCUGUCAGUGCUGGCGUGAAUGACCUGGUGAAAGAAUGCCUUACAAUAACUUUGUAUGAAUGUUAUAUUUGAUUUGUUUUAUUUCACUGAUAGUCAUUUUUUUAUUUUAUAUUUAACAGAAUGGAUAUGCUUUCUAGUCAAUAAAAGAGGAAUUGACCCCAAAGCACGUCACCAUGGGGAAUGUUUCCAGACUUAGUAAUCUUUAACCCACGAUGAAAACAGCUUAUUUCAUAACAUGUAGCGUGGAUUGCAUUUUGAAAAGACAACCCAAUUUAAAAUGUCAAGGAUCUCCUCGGUUGCAUUCAAUAUAAGUGGGACAUGUGUUUGUGACACCAUGUGAUCACUUGUUAUUGUCAUUUCUCGAGUGGAACAACCCAAAACAUGAAGCUGCACUUACAUUUUGUUUCCAAAAAGAUAAUAACGGCUUCAAAAUACACGUCCCUUCAGGAAAGAAGCCCUUCAUUUAAAAAAAAAAACUGCAGAAGUGAACCCUUAACAGCAGGCUUGAAGAGUCUCAGAUAUCUCACAUGAUACCUCAGCAAACUUAAAACUGGAUCGGAGUCACGACACUGUGUUUGUUAUCCUUUGACACAACACCACCGACUGUGUUUAUAGUUACACUUCAGCGCAUGCCUCUGACAUGACGAGUCCACUAACUCAGACCGAUCCAGGUCUGUUCAUUUCAAACAACAUACCCUUUCACACCUUUCAUCUGUGCUAUCUGUUUCCCAGGCUGUCAAAGAGAAAGUAUUUAAUGAUCUACCUUACAUCUCUGCCUUAGAUAAUGCAUGCUGCAAGGGUCACCAGAGGUUAUUUCAACUCUGGUACCACUGAAGUAUUUUUUUUUUUCACACAUUUAAACAGCUGUUCCACUAAAGUUUAUGUUAAGCAGAUUUGUCUCAUGGUGCUUCAUGAUGCAUCUACCAUUGAGGAACUUAAUUUCCACGUACCAUAUGAUUGUUCUGUUCACAUUACUGAACCAAGAAGACUCCUCGUCUGUAGGGCUACUCCUAACAAUAAUUUUCAACGUCUGUUUUUGGUUGAGCCUAUGAGUCUGCCCAUCACAUUUUCUGAUUAUCCAUCAAUCAAUUUAUUGUCUCGGCUCUUCUUCUGAUCUCAGUUUGAUAUUAAGAUCACCAAUUCUAUCAAUGAACCAGGGAAUAAUGACAGCUGGAUACUUUUUUUUUUUUUAAGCCAAAACAAACACAGUUUAGGGACAUAACUGGGUGUCAUCUGUGUAUCAUGUAACCAGAGAUAAUCAAGAGAAUUACUAGUCAGGUAAACCAAUUAUCUAUAUUUUUUAUCAUCAUUGUCCCACAAUGCUGGUUAUGUGCUGUGGUUUGGCUGUAACACAGCUAUUCGCUUCUUGGUGGGGGUGUAGCUCAUGUUAAUAGCUGCUGCCAUAAUGCUGUAACGCUCCACUACCCGAAUGUAAACAAGCACAGAUGACAGAUGGCAUCUUAUAGUGUGGCGGUUUUUCAGUAUCUUGAUAAAGUAAAUGGAGAUAAAGUUGUAUGGAGGCUGUGUCUGGUUAAACUGACAUGUAAUCACUUGACUGGAGCAAUGUGUAACCAGCACAGGCAUGUAGAUGUUGACCUUCAAGGAGGACUGAAGGCGAGUGGUGCUAGCUCUGCUAACUGUAGCCUGCACUGGAAACCGAUUUGACAUUGUUUACUCACAGACACCUUGAUCCCAUUUAGUUGCUGUUUGCUGACUGUUGUUGAAGUUGGUUGCUUGAGAAGAUCUCUAAAUCCACGUCUCAGGUUCAUCCACCAUUUUCUUUCUCCAUGUGUCUUGUCUGCCUUGCAACAAAAAAACAUGAUGAUUUCAACCCGAGUACAGAAAUCCAAAGAGAAAUGACUCAAAUCAAGUGUCACAUUUAAUUUUUCUUUUGUUUCUAUAGCCGUUUUCACUGAACAGAGACACCCACUCACUCCUGUGUUUGACAGCUGAAUGAUGACUCGUAACCACACGGAGAUAUGUAAAUAGCUUUGAAGAGCAGCAUUGUGUUUUUAACUUGAAUGGACAUGUAAAUUUUCUCUUAAUAUUUUAUAUAUUUUUUAACGAUGUACAAAUGGCAGGAAAACAAUGUGUAGAAACCCACUCAGAACAGUAUGUACAGUCUAUUUGUACCAAUGACAAUGUGCCACAGGUUUUGGAGGUUGGUAUGGAGUUGGUUUGGAUUAAGUAUAAGGAAAGGUUAAAUUUUCAAUUGAAUGUGUUUGUGCAUUAAGAAUUUCUUCAGAAUGAGAUUUUCAGUGAGAGUGAUACGAUUUUUGAAUCCUGAAGAUUUAAGAACUAAUGGGAAAACUAAACAUAGGCUAUAAGUUUGUCUCAUUUGCAAACUGUAUCUCAUCUUGCUAAUCAUUUUGUGCGUCACAAAUACACAAUGAAUAUAAACAAAUAACACAAUUGGGUUUUUAUAACAUUACUGGGGGGCAUUUUGUUGUUGAAUACAUAUUCCGGAGAAUACUCUAGAACUUUGAUUUCUUUAAACGGCUCCCCAAAGUCUCAUCUGCAGACGUCACAAACUCGGACACACCAAUCCGGCUAUCAACAGUCAGCCUUGUUUGGUGGGUCCAAAAAAAGGGACUCCAACCACCUUAAACCUUUAUGUAUAUCAUUACUGAUUAAUGAAUGUGAAAUAUCAUGUGCCAAAUUUAAAGAUGUGUUAGUGUUCAGGGAGGGAAUCAUUGUAGAGAUUUUUAGUCCAACUGUUUUGUGGAAAAACUCAUUUUAGACAUCAUUUGAUGUAAAACAUCGUCAUUUUAGAAUUAAAGUCAACUAUUUUGAGGGAGAAGAAAAAAUUCAACUAGAGUUGUUAUUAUUGUUGACAUUAUGACUAAUGAACCACCGGCACUUACACUAAAAGUCCACAAUCUCAGACUAAAAUCCAAAUAAUAUGAACUAAACUCUACCCCAUUAGUGUUGAGUUUUUGCAGCUCAUUAUCACUUUCUCCUCCCACUUGUUGGACUCUGUGUUUCAUGUUUGGGUCUUUGUUGAUGUAUGAAUGUUCCUUUUACGGACAAAUCAUGACUGUAGGGAUACAACCCCCCCCUCCUCCAGAAUGACAUGUAUGUGCUCAGGUAUCAAAGUGUAAGACAAGAGCAUCCACUAAAUGAGCGCUGUUAUGUGAAUUUUGGACAGCAUGAUUGUUUGCUAAACACAAUUUGAUGUUGCAUGGAUGUAUCCAGUGCAUUUUUUUAAUCAAACAAAAAAUUUGUCACCAUUUUAUCAUAAAUAUUAUAAUGCACAGAAACGUCAAAUGUGAAAACCUUGGACUGGAAAGAUUGUUUUUGAGAAAAGAUUGCAUUAAAGGGGAAAAAUCCUACUGUUA